CGCCACCUCCAGCUCCUCCCCUUCCAGAUCGCCGCCGCCACCUCUCCCUCGCGCCGCCACCAGCACCACUCCUUCCGAGCGCGUGCCGCCCAUCAUCCCUCCUCUCCUCCUAUCUCGCCGCCCAUUCAUCCGAGCCCGACGACGCCAGAUCCGCGCGCAGCCCAUCGUUCCGCACCUCCCGCAGCAGAUCCAGGGCACUGCCGAACCUCACUGCCAAACCUCACUGCCGACAGAUGCACCGCCGCCCUGCAGCCUUGGCGUCGCGGCCGGCUGGCUCGCCGGCGCGCGCGUGCUUCGAUGCACGCCGCUCCGUCCAGCUGGAUCCUCGGACGGCCCCCGUCCACCUCGCGCUGUAGGGAGGGGUCCAUCGUCUCCUCGGAGGAGGGGGCGGCCAUGUUUGUUGUACUCCACCCUAGCAGUCGAUCCCGGUCGUUGCUGCUUCACCAGCCUCCUCCUCUGGCAUCUCCGCAAGGGCACCCGACGCCAGGCAGGCCGUCGACGCGCUGGACCUCAAGGCCGGUUGUGCCGCUCCUUCUGCCAGCGUCCUUCCUCGACAACGUCCCCGACCUGCAUCCAGCUGCUCCUUCCCCAGCCCUCCUCAACUUCGCUCCUGGUGAGCUUCUGUAGAAAAAGGAGAACGGGCAACAUGGAGAAAGAUGCGGUGCUGGUGUGCAUGGUCCUGGGCUUUCUGGGCUCCGUCGCGGUCACCCUCGGCUUCAUCGCCAAAAACUACAGCUCCAAGUCCGUGCAGUACAACGGGACGAACUGCGUGUACCGGAGCCCGUCGGCGACGGGUCUCGGCAUCCUGGGGGUGUUCCUGGUGUUCAUCAACCAGGUCAUCCUCGCCACCUAUGCCAGCAGCUGGUGCCUCUGCCUGUUUUGCUGCUGCCCCUGCUGGACCAAGUGCCGCCGGCUGGCGCCAACAUCGUCCAAGUGGAACCCAGUAUAUAGUUCGGACGCUGAUUUAACUAGUUGAAACCUGUCCAUUAUUAACUAACCCCUAUUUCUUGAUGGUGUCUACCUCCACGGGAUAUAAAAUGUGUCAAUGUUAAUAUUGCACUGGUCCUUGUUGCUCUGUUGGCGUUAGUUACCUUCUUGUCAAAUACUCCCUCCAUCCCACAAUAUAAGACGUUUGUACAAGCUAACAUUGCUUGCAAAAAAUUCUUAAAUUAUGGGACGGAGGGAGUAAUAGAAGGUGAAUUUUUAUACACUUUUAAGUCCUGUUAAUAACUAUUCAGGGGGGGCAUAUUCGUUUCAUGAAUCAUCUAUAAAUAUCA